AUGAGUGAUACGAUAGAAGCAUUAGCCAAUGCCGGUUUAAUGCCAUUAGGCAAGAAAAUCUCUUCAACAGAAAAUCACACGGACUCAAAUAAAUUGUAUCCAACAUUGAAUGAUAUAAUCGAAGACGAAAAGCGAACUGAUGUGAAAUUAACCACAUAUCCAACGCUAGUGGAAAUGAAAUCGAUGAUCGACGAACAUGAUACUACAGUAGCACCCGUCAUUCAACCACCAUCAAUCGAACCAUUGAAAGCCUUUCUUGAAAAACGUGCCGCGACAAUCGAAGGAUUAAAACAACUCCGUCUUCGUAUGGCUAAACAUAUCACACAUUGUAAAAUCUCGAAUACUGUUGGUAAUUCGGCAUCCAUUAUCGGUGGCAUACUUUGUUUUGUUUUUCCUCCUGUCGGCGUACCUGUUCUUCUAGCUGGUAGUGCCACGAGUCUUGGUACGAGUAUUACUGAAAACGUUAUAGAAAAACGUCUUCGAACGGAAUACACUGAACUACUCACAGAAGAUUCUUUGGCAAUGAAAGUUUGUGAAUCAAAUAUAAAAGACAUAACAGCAUGGCUUGUCACCGUUUAUUCACUUGGUUAUUCAGUAUCGAAAGCGGGUAUCAAUUUCUUGAAGUUAUCCGAAGCUAUCCAAGCGGCUUCAACUUUAAAAACCUGGAGCGAAUUAAUCGGACAAUUACCGUCGUUAGCGAAUGCACUGGCAACUGGUGCUAAGACGGCAGGAACAAUUAGUGGGAAAAUUCUUGGUGUUUCAGUGAUUAUCUCAGUUGCUGAUCUCAUUCAAACAUGGAUAUCAAAAAAUGCUACAUUAGCUUCAAUUGACAAAGAUAUUGCGUUACUUGAACAGCAAUUAGUAGAAUUAAAGCGUAUUGCUGAUGCCUAUCAUUAG